AUGCCUAGCAACAGUCCUUAUGGUUCAACGUACUUUAAACAUCCUUCUGGGCGUAUGUCAAAUGGACGACUAAUCAUAGAUUUCAUAGCACAAGCAUAUGGGUUGCCAAUGUUGCCACCUUAUUUGAACCUCACAGAAGGACAAGACAUUAAAAAAGGAGUAAAUUUUGCAUAUGCGGGCUCAACUGCACUCAACAAAUUUUUCUUUGAGCAAAAGAAAAUGAACGUAGUUGGAGCAACUUAUUCAUUGAGUACUCAAUUUGAUUGGUUUAAGAAGCUCAAACCCUCCCUUUGUGGAAGCAAAGAAGAGUGUCAUAGCUACUUCAAAAAUUCACUGUUUCUAGUGGGAGAGAUCGGUGGAAAUGACCUUAAUGCUAUUAUCCCACAUAAAAAUAUUGCAGAACUUCAAGAUAUGGUUCCAUUAAUAGUGGAAUCAAUUAUUAAUACCACCUCGAAUUUAAUAGAAGAAGGAGCUGUACAACUAGUGGUUCCAGGAAACUUCCCAAUUGGAUGCAACUCUGCUGUUUUGGCAACCGUGAAUAGUGAUAAUAAAGAUGAUUAUGAUCAAUUUGGGUGUUUAACAUCUUAUAAUACCCUAAUUGAGAACUAUAACGAACAACUCAAAAAGAACAUAGAGACAUUACGACAAAAGAACACACAUGUUACUAUAACAUAUUUUGAUUACUAUGGUGCUACAAUACGAUUUUCUUCCGGCAAGAUUGAGACUUUCAAAGCAUGUUGUGGAAAAGGUGAACCUUAUAAUCUUAGUUUAGAAAUAUAUUGUGGAAGUCCAGCCGCUACAGUUUGUUCAGAUCCUUCAAAACAAAUAAAUUGGGAUGGACCACAUUUUACUGAAGCAGCAUAUAGGUUAAUAGCGAUGUGGCUAAUUGAUGGUUCUUUUGCUAAUCCUUCUCUCAAAUCUCCUAUUUUCAAGAUAGCCUAG